UCCGCAGAACCCAACGUACUGAACCGGAUAAUUCGACCGAGUUAAACGGGUCAAUGGACCGGAGCCGCAGCGACUAUUUCUGCUUCCUCUCCUCCCUCCUCCUCCCUCUCUUCGCCCUCGCCGCCGCUCGGCCCGCCAGCUUUCUGCAAGAUUUCCGGGUCUACUUCGCCGGAACCCACAUACGGCAGACGGAAGGCGGCUCGGCGGUCCAACUGAUGCUCGACCCUUCUUCCGGAUGCGGGUUCUCUUCGAAGAAGAUGUACCACUUCGGCCGGGUCAGCAUGAAGAUUAAGCUCAUUCCCGGCGACUCCGCCGGCACCGUCACCGCCUUCUACAUGAACUCGGACACCGACUCGGUCCGUGACGAGUUGGACUUCGAGUUCCUGGGGAACCGGACCGGCCAGCCGUACACGGUCCAGACCAAUGUGUAUGCUCACGGGAAGGGCGACCGGGAGCAGCGGGUCAACCUCUGGUUCGACCCGUCUAAGGAAUUCCACACCUACUCCAUCACGUGGAACCGCCAACAAGUCUUGUUCGCCGUCGACGACGUGCCAAUCCGGGUGUACAAGAACAACGCGGCGGUGGGGGUGGCGUACCCGUCGGCGCAGCCCAUGCGGGUGUACUCGACGCUGUGGGAGGGCGACGACUGGGCGACGCGCGGCGGGAUGGAGAAGAUCGACUGGAGCAAGGCGCCGUUCUACGCCUACUACAAGGACUUCGACAUCGAGGGCUGCGACGUCUCCAGCGCCGCCGACGCCGCCUGCGUCGCCGACCAGCGCAACUGGUGGGAAGCGCCGGCGUACCGCCAGCUCAGCCCGGAGCAGGCCAGGAAGUACCGCUGGGUGAGGACCAACUUCAUGAUCUACGACUACUGCACCGACAAGACGCGCUACCCAGUGCCGCCGCGCGAGUGCCUCGCCGGAAUCUGAGCCCCGCCGCCCCCGGCGGACGUCGGUCGCAUGCAUGGGUAAUGAAGCUUUUGCAUGAGUAUAUAUGCAUAAUGUGAUUUAUGCGGUUAUAUAAAGAUCAAAUGGUUUAUAUGUCGAUCUCUAUAAAAUAAAUUACGGAUCAACUUACCAACGGUCAAAUAUUUAUUUGUAUUCAUGAAACACAAUAAUGAGAAGCAAUAUAAUAGCUUAAUUGAUGAAUUAA